AAAAUUAAAAAAAUGUCGUAAUUGGGAAUUAGAUAGCUGGCUGCAUCAGAAAACCAAAAAGAGAAAACAGUCCCCACUGUCAUGUUGGCUUGAUCUGGAAGCAUUGCUGGCGUAUCUCCUUAGAUGGUACCCUACCCAACUCCCCCUCCUUAAUCAUCCUUGGAUUCCUCUUAAUCAAUCAUCAUUUGUUUAAUCGUAAACAUCAGACUAAGAAACCCAACAAAUUUCCCACCGAAUUCUGUCCCACCACCUUCUGCUUUUACUCGCGAAGCACUGAAUCAGAACCACAACGGCUCAAAUUGGAGGACGAAUUUACAGUAACACCCUUUCAGGCAAUUCAGUCAAGCCUCUCUUUGAUUGUUUCCACUAUUUAUAGGACUCUUCCUCUUUAUCGCUUAAAGAGAGAGAAUUAGGGUUUCGAUAUCUGUGAUGGAUGCUCAUAGAGAUGUGGAGCCAGCAAUAUUCGAAGAAACGAUGUCGAAUUCUCUUAUACGGAACACUCGUUGCUGCUUCUGUUUCCCUUGUUUAAGCUCCUGUCAUACGCCUACCUUCGGAAUAGCCUUCUGGGAACGGAUACGUACGGUCCAGGUACAGUCCGAUAGCAGCUUCUGGGCCCGAAGUGUUAGAGCCUUCGUGAAGGUCCGAGAAUGGUCCGAGAUCGUCGCUGGUCCUCGUUGGAAGACUUUUAUCAGAAGAUUAAACCGAAAUAGAAGCGGAAGUGGUGGUGCCGCUGGCGCUGGUGGUAGGCAUAGGCAAUUCCAUUACGAUCCUUUGAGUUAUGCUUUAAAUUUCGAUGAAGGCCCGGGGCAGAGUGGUAAUUUCGAAGAUGAUAAUUCUGACGGCGGUUUUCGAUCUUUCUCGACCCGGUACGCUUCGGUUUCCGGUUCGGAAAAAACGGCCUUGUCUUCCACGUCGACAACGUAGUCAUUGGAGGUUCAGAAGGAUGUGGCGGUUUUCGCGUGAAACUGUAAAGGGUAGCGCCGCGAUAAAGGUUUAAACCGAAACGUGCGACCAUUAGCUGGACUUGCUGACGUUAUCAUGCGUGGCUUGUUCGUUGCUUUUGUAUUAUUUUUGUAUAACGGCGUUUCUUUUGUUGGGUCCAGAAGUAAUUAUGUGCACUUUGUAGGGUUUUUUUUUUUUUUUUUUAAUUUAAUUAUGAUUGUGAGAGUGAAUGAAGAAGAAGAUGAAGCGUGUGGGAUUAAGGUAAGAAAAAUAUUAGAUUUUGUAUUCUUUUUGGGCUUUUCUGUGGGAAUAAAAGAAUAUACUAUCUAAUGGAUUAAUUAAUGGUGUGUAUAUAUUGAGUCAUUUAAUGUAAUAUAUAAUUUUUUUUAUAAGAAAAAAUUUCGGGAUAGAUAG